AUGGCUGAGCUUGUUCCUGCGACCGCCGAGGCUGGAUGGUCUGUAUUUAUGUAUGAAGAACCUAAAAGGACCGUCUAUGCCAUCCCAGAUAGAUAUGUCUCGGAUUCUGAAACUGGCGACGAGGCUUACCAAACUGCAAAGAAAUGCCGAGAAACGCUGAUUUUGAAGGAUAAGAUCACCGCCUCAGACUGUGAAACCACAGACUUGGAUGCCAAGAGAAAUGGAAAAACUAAGAAAAUUUACUCUCCUUCAACUCAAAGCAAGAAGAAGAAGAAGAAUGUUCCUCUACCUGAGCCUCUGACUACGGAUUCUGUCGGCAAAGAAAAGCCUGACAGCCUUUUGUACUCUUCAGAAAAAACAAGUGGAGUGCCAGAAGUCCUGAAUGAUACAAGUAGAAACAAAGAUGGCAAGCUACCCCUGAGUACCUCUGAGAGGAAAGAGGACUCGUCAAGUUCCUGCAGAGCGAAUAUUCAAAGAAGCAUGCAGUUAAUCCCAGAAACACCACCAACUCCUACAAGCCCUACUCUCACCCCUGACAGCCCAAAAUCAGUUGGUGUUAUUGAAGCUACUCCACCCAAGAAUUCACCAGUUUUGAGAAGGAACGUGUCCCCAGUCAAGAGAGAUUUGAACAAAGAUUUGGAAGAUUAUUUUUCCAAAAAAUUUCAGUAUGAAACUGGGUUAAACGAUUCCAAGGAAAAAGCUGACGAAGAUGAAAUGCCCAUGAGUUCUUCUCCGAAAAUUAUGAGCAAUACAGCCCGUGUAGACAAGGAUAUUAUGCAAGCUUUGAAGGGGAUCAAAUUUCCUAUGGACAAAAUAACAUUUGAAAAGUACAUCGUUACUAGCAUUAUCACAAUUAAAAAUCAACUGCAAUCCUUGCAAGCCGCUCCUGCCCUGGAAGCAGGUCUGGAAAACGGCGUUUUCCAGAUGGGAAAUUUGGAUUUCCCCCUCAAAGAUGUUGAAGAACUGAAAGUUUUUUUGAGCACCCUCAUGACUGAUGUCAAAUUCUGCAAAAAAUUGGUAAUUAUGAAUGUGCACUUUAUUUUUCAACCUCACAUUUACUUAGAAUUAGCUCUGUUAAGUUUAAGAGAUCAAAUAUAUUUUGAUAAUUAAUUUAAAAUACAAAAUAUUUUCAGUUUUUGAUACUCUUGUGUUUCUAUAUUUAAAUCAUAUGACAGGAUACUGACUUUGGAUGUCUGUAACUCAUGCGUGCAAGCGUGAUUGGCCGAACGCCAGACCAUUCGCUGAGGGCCACGGGGGCGACCGACCCCAAUAAGGCCUCGCGGCACUUUGUGAAAGCCUUCCUUGUCAAGCGUGUAAGGAAAUUAAAAUAUGAAUUCACUCCUUCUCUGGCAGCAGAAAACAUUCUGAGAAAGGGCACUUUACCAUGGCUUUUCUCAACUAACCUGGUUGCAACUACGAACAUUACAACGAUUAAGACUUUCGCUGGUUCUGACCAUUUUUUCCAAUUUCUCUAUGAUGUUCUCUCAGAGUCUGGAAUCGGUAUUUCAAGGAAGGAAAAAGUGGUGUCACUGUGGACUCCAUUUUCGGAGAAUUGGCUCCAGAUACCGAGA